AUGAAGCAGGGAACUAAUUUUUUCUUUUUACGAGUGUUGAUUAGUAUUUUUAAAAAAGGUGAUUAUCAAAAAUUAUUAGUAGUCUUUGAUGGUGGUGGAACUAACUUCCGAAAAAAUUUACUACCACAAUAUAAAGCCCAGCGGGAAGCCAUGCCCGAGGAAUUAUAUAAGCAAAUGGAAAUGGUAAAAUCGCUAUUAGAGAAAACUAACAUUACCUACUUACAAUUAGAAAACCAUGAGGCCGAUGACCUAAUUGCUUCUUUUAUUAAGAAAAAUCAAGAAAAAAAUUCUCAAAUAAUCUUUGAUGUCUUUACUCGCGACAAGGAUUUACUCCAACUGCUUAGCCAAAAUAUUAAUAUCUUAAAGUAUAUUAAUGGGAAAACCACCCUCUAUACUUACGAAAUUUUUUGUCAAGAAUAUAAUUUUACCCCUCAUAAUUAUAUUGACUAUUUAAGUUUAUUGGGAGACAAGGUUGACAAUAUUGAGGGAGUAAAUGGAAUUGGACCAGUUAAUGCCAAAAAACUAAUUCAACAAUUUCAGUCUGUAGAAAAUAUUUAUCAGAAAAUAAAUAACUUACCGGAAAUUACUAAACAUCUAUUAAUAGACAAAGAAAAAUUAGUUUUGGUUAAUAAAAAACUUAUUAGUUUAGCAGAAGAUAUUUCUUUGCCAAUAGAUAUAUACGAAAAAUGUAAUUUCCGUUGA